CGCCGCUCCAUCUCACUUCUUCUGAUUUCUUCUUCGUAGUCCUGCACCGGGGGGAAACUGCAAUGGCGUCAGAGAAGAAGCUUUCAAACCCAAUGAGGGAGAUAAAGGUGCAGAAGCUUGUACUCAAUAUCUCCGUCGGUGAGAGCGGGGAUCGUCUCACUCGUGCGGCAAAGGUCUUGGAACAACUAAGUGGCCAAACUCCAGUUUUCUCCAAGGCGAGGUACACUGUUAGGUCUUUUGGGAUCAGGCGUAAUGAGAAGAUUGCUUGCUACGUGACGGUGAGGGGAGAGAAAGCGAUGCAGCUUUUGGAGAGUGGUUUGAAGGUGAAGGAGUACGAGUUGUUAAGAAGGAACUUUAGUGACACUGGCUGCUUCGGGUUUGGUAUUCAGGAGCACAUUGAUCUGGGUAUCAAGUAUGACCCUUCAACUGGUAUCUAUGGUAUGGAUUUCUAUGUGGUGCUGGAACGCCCAGGAUACCGUGUAGGUCGCCGCCGCCGUUGCAAGUCUCGUGUUGGAAUUCAGCACAGAGUUACCAAGGAAGAUGCAAUGAAGUGGUUCCAGGUCAAGUAUGAAGGUGUCAUCCUAAACAAGUCCCAAACAAUUGCUGGCUCUUAGAGAGUUGUUUUUCUUACCUUUUUUGUUACUAGUUUGUUGUCUCUUUGCCUUUUGGAUGGUUUCUACUACUGGGUUGUUACAAUUUCCUUGAAGAGAUUUCCCGAUGAGUUGCUUGAAUCUGAAGCGCUGUUUAUGAUUUCUGUUAUAUGAUAAAAGAUUUAUCUCUUGAUUAGCA